AUGUCAGCUUAGUUUAAAUACAACAUUUAUAUUUCUAUCUCAAUCAAUAUAUUAAUUAAAGUAUUAGAAAAAAGAAUAAUUUGAUCCAUUAUUUAAAUUAAUUAUUAUUUACUAAAGUAAAUUAUAAAUAAAAACUCAAAAAGAUUUUCAGAAUCCCUUAAAGUAAUAGUUAGAACAAACUCAACUAAGUAGAAUCAAUCCAUUUUAUAAAAGAUCCACAUCAAUUAUAUACCUAAAUAGCAUAAUCCUUGUGAGCAAUUAGAAAUAUAAGCUAAUAAGCAUUAGACUAUAGAUCAAUCUAUACACCUUUUUCAAAAGGGUUAAGAGAUAAACAUCCUGAAAUCAAGUAUAAACUAAGACAUUAAAAUUCGAAAAACAUCAUUUAAUCCUAAUCUUAAAGAUCCAGGAAUUUUGUAAAAAUUAGUAUACUGUACAUCACAUUAUUGGUGAUUAUGGAAAAUUUAUUGAAUAUCUAAUUUUUAUCAUUGUUAUUGUCAUUUCCUAAAGAAUAAU